GAUCGGGGCUGGAGUAGAAUGUAAAGAAGCCGGCGGGGUUAGCGAAGAGAGGGAAACCGCUUUACCAUCCAGUCACUCCAAGGCGAGCUCUAAAGAAUGUCGAGUGUUGUGAAUCGCGACAACAUCGAAUUAUAGUUGUGAGUUUACUCAGACUCGAAUUCGUCUCACGCUACUACUACUACCACCACCACCCUGAGAGAUAGAUCCUACGCCAACAAACGUUGGAUUUGCCGAUUAACAUAUUUAGACGGAUGACGUAAACCAAAACAAUGAAGCUGAGACACCUAAUAUCCAUAAUAUUCACUUACGUUGUUGUCUAUUCGGGACAAAUUUAUAGCGUUAAUUCGGCGGAUCCUGCGGUUGGAAAGAUUGAUUUUACGACACAGACGGUUUACGGAUUCUUGGAUUUUACUACAACGAUCGGAAAUACAGUUAUGGUGUUCAGUCCUCAAAGUUCACCACCAGAAGGAGAAAAACCAAAAAGUAGUGGGCCUCCGAUACAAACGAAACCUAUCGAGAAAAAGCCCAUUCCAGAUAUUCAACCAAGUAAAACCCAUAAACCAAGCAAUCAAGGAGGAGAAACGAAAAAGCAGGGACAGAAAAAUUCGAAAGUCGUAGUGAAUUCAGUGGUAGAGCAAAACGUUAUCAAUCCAACCGAAGAUAAACAGAAGCAAGUGGUUAAAAGCCAAGUGACCUCGCAUUCUUCUGUGAAAGCCACUACGGUGAAUCCCGUAACUUCUUCCAUCGUUCAAGUCAAGUCAAAGGAAGAAUUUCCAGGUGUAAAAAAUAAUCUUGCUGAACCUGAAUAUGACUACUUAUCGAAACAGCCAACUGAAGUCAUCGAUGAAACGUACAAGUUGAUCAAUCUGAAACCUACGAGUAAAAUUGCUUCGAAACCAAGAUCAGCGACACGAAGGGAAAAAGAGAAUCCAACUGGUUUGGUAACUAAACUCGGUGGUACAAUUGUCAAAGACGGAUUGACGACGGUUCACGAAACUAGCGUAAUUGGCACGUACAUAAAUGGAAAGUACGCUCAAGUUUUACAAAGUUCGUCGCGCAUUAUCGUCGGGACAUCCUCGAAUUUGGAGGGCAAAAUACGACCGUCGAAUACUCUCAGAAUAUUAAAGACGAUCGGUCCGCAACACGGAAAGUUAAAGCCGCAGUUGGAGCCUACUCCGACAAGUCAGCAAGAAGAAUCGUCCUUGCCAUUGGAAAUUCUAUUCAGCGCACCGGCAGGUUCUUCCGUACGAACAACACGAAGACAUUCGACCGUUAAUACUAACCGUCCGAAAUAUCGUAGUAAAACUUUGGAAGAUUAUGAUAACGCUGAGGUCCAAGCUAGGGCAUCUACAAAACAACGUCCUACCACCGCUCGGCCAAAUUACAAAAAUCGUGUCCAGAAUGAAGGGAAGUCAUCAACCACGACACAAGAACCACAAACGACUCGUCGUCGUACCAGCUUCAGACCAAGUAAUCAGUCAAAUUCUUCCUCGAGGCAAACUAAUAAACAGAAAAAUCAACAAUCACAGCAGCAACAGCAACAGCAGCAGCAACAACAACAACAACAACAGCAACAGACUACAUCAACGAGUUCCUUGCCUAAAUUAAAACUUCCAAGAACUCAGGGUCGAUGGUCGUAUAAAACUACUCCUAAACCAAGAAUCGCGAUUCGCAAACAAAUAGACGAUGAUGAUCAACGUGUAUCAACCGAAACGGUUAUAUCUGAACAGGGAUUAACAUCAGGCGAUGAUAAAGCAACAACUACUUCCGUUGGAGUUGUUACAACAACAACAACUACAGCUACAACGUCUAAUGGCCAACGAAAAAUUCCAGAAAAUUCAUUAUCCAACGAGGAACUCGAUCCAAGCGAAUCGGAAGAUGUGCCUAACGUAAGCGUGCACGACCAAAUACACGCGGAUCAAACUUUACCGAUAGAAACUCUUAACGUUGAGAUUUCAACAGCCGCCAAUCUCAACGACGUUUAUUUUGAAAUAGCUACGAUUAAAUCUCCUUACACGUUCCAGGUGGGAACUUUACGAAACACGCGUUACAUAACAGUUACGUCUACAAUGAAGAAGUCGUUUGCAGUUCCUGAACCUACGAGUACUUUACCAAUGACGGAACCUCUGACUGAGAAUAUCUUGGCAAACACAGGAGCUGCUUACGAAACUACUCUACCACUUGAUUCCUCCGUAGCUACUCUUCCAGCGAUAUCUUUAGAUCCUGGUCAAGUAACACCACCUUUGGAAACGCUUACGGAAACAUUUUCGACGACUCAGACUCUCCUGAAAACUCAUUUGUUACCGGUGAUACACGAUGGCAAUACCACGAAAUUGACUCUCGUUCAGACCUACAACAUAGCUCGAUCGGUUACCGCUAUCAAAACUCUACCACCGAUGGAAAUUUAUCAAUUUAUUCCUAGUAAGACAUUGAACGAAUUUAACUCGAAAUUGGAGGAGGCUGGAAGCGAGCUUCACUUGGAAUUAGAUUUCGGUGACGAAGACAGAGACGACGAAGAUAUUCCUAAAAGAAUCGUAGCACCUAGCAGCGACGUAUACUCCGAAUUAGAUCUCUUCAGAUCGGGAACACCAACAAAGGUAAAAUCCGACGCACAUAGUACGAAUUCCGUCGAGCCACAACUUUCUUUCGAACAAGCUCAGCAACUUGCUUUGCUCAAAUAUUUCGGUCAACCACAGCAACAAGUAAUCACGACUUCGAGACCUGUCGUAGUGCUAGAAACCGUUUACGAAUCUCACGUAAUACCGAUAGUUAAUAACGGCAACACGCAUUACUCGACUUUAUCCAGACCAGUAGCUACCGUACCAAGGACAUCCUACGAAUACUCGACAUCUACCAUUCCACCUGUUCUUCCACCUCCGAUACCUCAAGUACCGCUCUUUCCACAACAGCAACAACCCCAAUUUACAGUGACAAGUGCACCACUUGUCACGCAAACUUUAGUGACAGUGUCUGACUCAAGAGUGCUCAAACUAAUGUUCGGAGCAAAAACGGCGUACACAACAUUAUUUUCUACUAAAGUAGUACCGACAGAACUUACAACCUACGUGACUAGUACCAUACCUUUACAGCCAACUAUUCCAGCUUUCCCUGGAUAUUAUCCUCCACCAGUUGGCUAUCCUCCUUUCCCUUAUGUGGGUUAAUAAUCUUUUGAUUUAUUCUAUGGAAUUGCUAAGAGGAAGCUUAAAUUACACUUUGGUUACGUAGAUGUAUGUUAAAAUUAACUUUUAUAGUACUCAUCUACAUGACUUUUUUCAAACAGCAUACAUUUACUACCUCAGAUAAAGGUGCUAUUAAAUAUCAGCUUCCUACAAAAAUUAUACGAGUCACAAACGAGUUACAAUUGCUCUAGAUCCAACAUCUCAUAUUUAAUACGAAAAAGAUCGUUUCAUUGUUCGCUCAAAUUGUUUAAUGAAAAACAAUGCAUGUUCAUAUCGCCAAUUUAAUUAUCCAUAAAACGUAACACUAUGACAUAUCGAAUAUUUUUAUUUAUAUGUUCGAUGAAAAAUUGAAUUAUAAUUGGAAGAAAAAGAAUAAGAGAGAGUCGAUUCUGAGGAAAAAAUUAACCAGAUCAUAGAUAAAUAUCUUGUAAAUCAGUACAAAAACGAAGAAAUGACUUAAUGGACAUAUUCUUCUUACGAUAUCAGGUAUUAAGAAAAAUCAUAUGUACAAUUAACAAUUUAAUUGUACACAUUCUUAUAUACAAUUAAACACGCGUAUAU